AUGGGUGAUGGACCUGAAUAUGUCAACAGCAGAGCCGACCCCUCUCUCCCCAGCCCCAGCUCUAACCCUGGCCCAGACCCCCUUGCCCCCAGCCACAGCCACCCAGUCUCAGACCCAGCCCCACUAGGCGUAGCCCAGGCCCCAAACUCCGAACUCCAGCCCCAGCCCCAGGCCCAGCCCCAGCCCCAGACCCAGAUCCAGACUAGCCCCAGACUGUUUUCCCCCUCUCAGACCCAGAUCCAGACUAGCCCCAGACUGUUUUCCCCCUCUCAGACCCAGAUCCAGACUAGCCCCAGACUGUUUUCCCCCUCUCAGACCCAGAUCCAGACUAGCCCCAGACUGUUUUUCCCCUCUCAGACCCAGAUCCAGACCAGCCCCAGACUGUUUUCCCCCUCUCAGACCCAGACCCAGACUAGCCCCAGACUGUUUUCCCCCUCUCAGACCCAGAUCCAGACUAGCCCCAGACUGUUUUCCCCCUCUCAGAUCCAGAUUAGCCCCAGACUGUUUCCCCCUCUCAGACCCAGACCCAGACUAGCCCCAGACUGUUUUCCCCCUCCCAGACCCAGAUCCAGACUAGCCCCAGACUGUUUUCCCCCUCUCAGACCCAGAUCCAGACUAGCCCCAGACUGUUUCCCUCUCUCAGACCCAGAUCCAGACUAG